AUGGCUCAUCAAGAAGACAGCAGUCCGCUUGGACAAGCUUCAGACGAGGACGAGUGGCACGUCCUUUACAACCCAUUCCGCGCCACUAUCAAUGUCAACGAGUGCCAUCCUGAAAACCCGGUCAAGAUGUUUCUUCUACAGCCGCUAUACGCUCCGCUUCUGUUUCCUAACACAACAUCAGACGCGCGAGACCAUUGUGCGAACGAGCGCACGUUCUUGUCAUGGCUUCGGCUGGCGAUCUAUAUGGCUAUAGUUGCAGUAGCCAUACUAGUCAACUUCCAUCUCAAAAAUCAACCAACUCCCCUAGAACGAAGACUUAGCCAUCCAAUGGGAAUCAUCUUCUGGGUGCUUUCGCUGGCUUGCCUGGUGACGGGACUCGCAAUAUACAUGCGGACUGUCACCAAGUAUGCCAAACGGCGGGCGUUGGUUCAGACAGGAAUGAAGACUCAGGCGGUUUUCCUGGUGGUCUCGGCGGCCAUCAUUGCCGCAUGCGCCUUAUUCCUAGCAGCGGAGGUGCAGGCGUCUAGACAAGGGCAGGCCAGUGUUUUUGAGGCGACAUUCGUGCUGUAG